AUGGAUGCUUCAUCUUUAACCAGGUCAAGUCUAAGCAUUUCAAAUUCAAAGCCCUUUUUUCAUUACGUUCCACAACAGAGACCUUGUCACGUGCACUUUGCAGUUUCAUGCAGAGUAAAGCAUAUGGAGGAAACAAGGAAUGGAUCAAAUUUCUACAAAAUGUUAUCUGUGAAUCCGAAAAACGCGACAACGGAAGAGAUAAAGAGAGCUUAUAGAUCAAUGGCACUUCAAUAUCAUCCCGAUGUGUGUCAUGAUCCUUCGAUGAAAGAGGAAUCAACUAGGAUGUUUGUUCGGUUAAAUGUGGCUUAUGAAACUUUGUCGAAUCCUAUGCUUCGUGAACAAUAUGAUAGUGAGUUGGGUUUGAGAAGUAGUAUGAUGAAUAAUGAUGUUGUUGGUGAAGGGAUUUGGAGAAGUAGGUGGCAAGAACAAGUGGUUGAGUUGAAGAAAAGGUCUAGUAGACGUAUGGAACAAAAAGGAAGGUCUUGGAGUAGCAGAAUGAGGACUCAAAACAUGAAAGAUAGGAACUAA